GGCGGGGGGGGGAUCCGGUGGAUGUCUCGCCAUGGAGUUAAAGACAAGACUCCGGGCUGUGCUGAUGUUACUGUGGAUUUUUCCAGGUGACACCCAGAGGGUGGAGAUCCCCAGAGGAGAGAUGGAGGUGGUGAAAGGCCAGAUGGUGAUGUUGCACGCCUGGUACAGCCCCAACUCAGACAUUUACAAAAACUCUGUCAUUUGGCAUUUCGUGGGAAACAAGUCCAAGCAGGUGAUAAACUUUAGCUCAGGUGAAGUUGGGCACGGCCAGAACGAGUUCACCAAAAGAGUGGGCUUCAGUGUGGCCAUGCCCUCGGCCAACCUCUCCAUCUACAUCAACAACACCCAGGAGUCUGACUCUGGACGCUACGUCUGCAAUGUCAUCAUCCCCGGAGAUACUGGCAUUUCCGGAGAGAUACGCCUUAAUGUCAAAGUCCCUCCCUCUCCCCCAGUAUGCACCAUGACAGGAAACCCAGUGGUGAAGGGCAACGUCACUCUGAGCUGCAAGUCCAGUCAUGGAAAACCCGUCCCUCAGUACAAAUGGACCAAGGCUGCACCCAUGUCUGAGGUCUUCUUCUCGCCAAUGCAGAAUGAGAGACACGGCACCCUCAGGCUGAGCAACCUCACUAAAAGCAUGUCAGGGAAGUACGUGUGCCGAGCCAGCAACACUGCCGGCUCCGACAGCUGCUCCAUUAACCUGGAGGUUAUCACUUCUUCCAAUGCAGGCGUGAUUGCGGCAGCUACGCUGGGAUCAGUAGUGGGAUUCAUGGCCAUGGUGCUGUUCCUCAUGCUCAUACUGAGGAGGAGACGGGACACUGAGGAGGAGAUAGCCAAUGAGAUCAAGGAGGAUGCUCAGGCACCGAAGCGAGUGUCGUGGGCAAAGAGUAACACCGGCUCCGACAUCGUGUCCAAGAAUGGCACACUGUCCUCCAUAGCCACCAGUCCUCGACCGCAGGACCCCCAUCAGCCCAACUUCCACUACCCAUACUCCCCCACCUCAGCUUCAGACACGGGCUCGGUGAUCAACGCCUACCAGCUGCGACCUGGAGAAGCCAACACCUUACAGGGACUUCCUGGUUACAACAUCGGAGGCACUCCUUCACGUAAACACAAGCGGCCUCCCAGUGCGAACGGGGCGCCUCCGCAGGUUCUCAGGAGCCCUGUAGUCGUCAUCCCUAGCAGGACUAAGGGGGCUCAGCCUCAGGUGCCGCCGCCACUGACCGUGUCCCCACAAAUCGGCUCCUCCUCCACUCUGACGCGCAUGGGAGCUGUUGCUGUCAUGGUGCCUGCUCAAAGCCAAGCCGGCUCGCUGGUGUAGCCAGCAGCAGCAUAUCUGAUGGGAAAUAAAAGGACAGCGUUUGAGGACCAAGAGAAAGUAUGCCUUGAAACGGAACGCACUUUCUCCACGAAGACCUGAACGGUCGUGUAGUGACACAAGUGUCUCGCAGGUGGUUUGUGCUUCAUUGGCAAAAACUCUCCCUUCAGUUUGUUAAUAAAAGUGAGUGCAGUGUUGCUCAUUCCAGUUUCUUUUCGUAUGCUAUGUUUCCGGCUCAUUAAAGACAAAGAUAUUUUCAUUAACACCCUUAGAAAGAGAUCUUCAAAAUGGUAUCCAAUAGCAUUAACAUGCCAAUUAUUGCAAGAGAGUUUUGUUAAUUUAAUGGAGUCUGUGGAUAUUGUGAACCAUAACGAACCAUUGCGUGUGCUUAGAAUUUUGCAGUUCUUGCAAAAUAUAUAAUGUUUUUGGUUACAUUUGUAUAAUGUAUGAAUAAACUAAAUAUGGACAAAUUUUUAUAAUUUAAUUUCUAUUUCACUGUACCUGGCUAUGUAAGGGUCACUUUCAGUCACUUUUCUCAGGCCAACUGCACUAGUUCGAAACAAGAACCCAGCAAAACCACAAUUCAGGUACUACAAAGUGUUCUCUUUCAAAUCUCUUGCUUUCUUUGACCCACAUUUACUUGUCUUCACUUGAGGGUUGUUUAUUUAACCUACUGUAACAAUGUCAGUACGGUUUCAUAGACAUUGAUGUCUACUGAGAGAACAUCCGGUUUGAGUUUAUUGCCUGUUUUGGUAGAUGGAAUGUGACCAAGCUAGUGAGUAUAACAUUGUUGAAGUUGAAGGAUUCUGACUAUUUUGUUCAACGGUGCUUAGUAUAACUUGAUAUAAUUACGGUUAACAUACGAGGCCAUUAGUUGAGACGAGUGGUUGAGAAUAUUCGACCAGUCCUCCUGCUGAUGCUCGUUUGUUUUUCUUGUAAUUAUACUUAACUCUGGAAAUAAUGUUGCAGUGAUUUAUUGAUGUUGACAGGCGACAUGUAGCAGUUCUGAUUGUUGACGUUUUUUCAAUAAAGUGUUCUGGAGUGUUU